AUGGAUCAAGCAGUACCAUCAACAACUUUUGUCAAUGAUAGUAAAAUUAAAAGACAAAAACUAGAAGAAACAACUAAUAACAGUAUAAAUCGUUUAUUGACAACACAUUUUGAAGAUCUUUCUAAUGAACUUAUCUAUCAAAUAUUUGAAUUACUGGAUUCUUAUGAUGUCUAUAUUAUUUUCUCUAAUCUGAAUUUGCGAAUUGAAAAUCUUCUUACUAAUUCUAAUCUUCGAAUAAAUGUCGAUCUUUCAUCAAUAUCAAAAUCAAAUUUUCAACAUUAUUAUAAAGAAAUUAUUAUUCCUCAUCAACUUCGAAUUAAUUCGAUUCGUUUAACAAAUUUAUUUAUCUAUAAUCAUUCUUUUUCACCACUUCGAAAGUUAACAAGCCUUUGUCAACUUGAAAAACUUAUUAUUCAUAAUAUUCAAAUGAAUUAUCUUGAGGAACUUUUAAUUUCUUUACGUGUUUUACCAAAACUUUACUCAUCAGAUAUUGAACCUAUUGAUGUCAUAACGAAUCCAUCGCGUAUUUAUGAUCGAAUAUUUCGUUUACCUGUCUUAAAAUAUUGUCAAAUCUCUUUUAAAAUAAAACCAAAUGCUAUUUUAUUACUUGAAACAACCAAUAAAUACAGUUCUAUUGAACAUCUCAUUAUCAGAAAUGAUAUUUCCUUCCAUCACCUCGACACAUUAUUAUCAUUUAUUCCUCAUCUUCGUUAUUUAUCAUGUUUAAAUAUCUUUCGAUUAAAAGAUAGCCCAACAAAUAUUCGACCGAUUAUAUUAAAUAAAUUAAGUCAUAUUUUAUUUCAAAUGAGACAUACAACUUUUGAUCAAUUUAAACAAUGGAUUACAAAUCUUUCUCAUCGAAUUGAAGUCUUAUGUAUUUGA